ACCACGAUAGCUUUUCCCCACACUGUUUCACUUUCCCCACCUGCAGAUGCAGUAGCUCCCUUCCUUCUCCACCUCGCCGCCAUCGCCGACGCCGAGCAGGUUGAGGCGAAAGGAAAGGAAAGCGGCUCCGCCUCACGCCGCCUCUUCUUGUACCUACAAUUAGGGCUCCCGCAAAGAUCUGGGACAUAGAGAUUUGGUUUGCUCUCUGCUAUGCUCCAAAUGUGCAGGCAUCUUUACUGUCUCUACCAGUUCUGAAUAACACCGUCUAGUCUAGUUUCCCUGCUACCAAUGGCAAUGGGGGACGAAACUGUGCUGGAGCAUAUACUCAAAGGAGAUGAGGAACCCAAGGAUCUGCCAUUAGCACUCUUACAGCGCAUCACGAAUGAUUUCUCUGAGGACAGAAAAAUUGGUCAGGGUGGAUUUGGAGUGGUCUACAGGCAGGAAACUCACCUGUUGUUUUGGUAUCGUAAGCUGACCAUCAUUUAAAUGCUGACCAAUAGGGUGAACUCGAAAAUGGGAUUAUUGUUGCUGUUAAGAGGAUUGAAGUCAACCAAAUCACAAUUGACGAUGUGUCAUUUCGCCGUGAGUUUAAUAGCCUCAUGAACAUCAACCAUCGAAAUGUAGUCCGGUUUCUUGGCUUCUGUUCUAAUACACAUCAUAUAAUGAUGAGAAAAGAGGCUGGAGAAACUAGCCUUGUCAACGUAAGAGAAAGAUUGCUCUGUUUUGAGUACGUCAGCAAUGGAAGUCUUGAUAGGCAUAUUACUGAUGAAUUAAGGGGGCUGGAAUGGGAACCACGUUAUGACAUAAUCUCUGGAAUUUGCAAAGGUCUGUUUUAUCUUCACAAGGAAAAAAGAAUUGUUCAUAUGGAUCUUAAACCGCCAAAUAUAUUACUUGAUGAUCAUAUGGUUCCAAAAAUUACUGAUUUUGGGUUGUCAAGAUCAAAUGAAAUGUCGCAUACUACGGGUCAACGUUUUGGGACACUAGGAUAUGUCUCUCCAGAAUACCAGAAAGAUGGCAAAACUUCAUUCAAGUGUGACAUAUACAGUUUGGGUGUCAUAAUCACAGAAUUGGUAACGGGGCGUAAGAGUGUCCCUCACAAAAAUAAUGCAAGGGUAGUUCGAAGGUGGAGACACAGGUGGAAGAAGCCACCAACAUCACUACAAUACCAGCAAGUAACCAGGUGCAUUGAAAUAGCGGAACGCUGCAGGCAACAAGAACCGGAAGCUAGACCUUCUAUAGGUGAUAUAAUCAGCAUUCUGAGUGAAUCUGGAAGUUCCGAUGGGCACACUGGCCAGGGAAGCACUUAUCUGGACGAUGACAUGCUUGGUAUUGAGCCACUCGAGCUUAAGUUUGAUGAGGAGAUGUCAUGGUCAGUUAAGCUAACCAAUAAGACAAAUGCAUGUUUUGCCUUCAGCAUUGAAAGACCAAGCAAGCAGUACACCAUACAGCCAGACGAAGGUAUUUUGACACCAGGAUGUAGUGAGUGUCUUGUUCAGAUAGCAGUGACAUCACCGCAAGUUGCACAGAAUGCUGACAAGCUCAUCGUGCGGAGCACAAAAGUGAACGAGGGUCUUAGAGUCGAAGAUAUCACUAAAGAUAUAUUCCAUGAAGUGGCCGGUAAAGUGAUUGAUGAGGUGGAUUUGAUGCUUGUAUAUGAGACCGUCGAGGCAGCCUCCUCCACGCGCAAGGCCAUCAAUUCUGGCAGCUACAAAGACAGCGCGAGAGGACAACUGGAUCGCCGUAAUUUCCACCGACCAGAGCACUUUUCACGCAGUCAACCUGCAAACAUGACCCCCCACAUGGAUGUGACAAGCGUGAAUGAAGACGUCAACUCACUCUCUAAAGAGCUGGUGAAGAUGCAGCGCAAGGUCGGUCAGCGACGGCCCGUCCUCCAGCUCAUCCACAACUCGGAGCAGAUCAGGGACAAGCUACUGCAAGCCCAAGGCCUGCUGCACAGCGCCCAAGGGAGCCACAACCCUGGCCUGCAGCGCUUGCUAGAGAAGCUGAGCAGGGACGCCGACCAGGCAGAGGACUUGCUGGAUGAGGUCCACUACUUCCAGAUCCAUGACAGGCUCCACGGCACCAGCUACGCCACCACCCAAGAUGGUAGUGAUGAUGAUGAUGCUGUUGCCAGUGCACCACGCCGCGUCACCAACUCUGCUAGUGCUGAUGGUGAUACGCUGCAUUUCGACAUAGUGUCCAUGUCCAGCAAAAUCAAGUCCCUGUUACAGGGCAUGGAGUCCCACUGUGAUUCGGUCUCCAAUUUGCUCGGCAUUGGCAGUAUCCUAAGCAACAGCACAGCAGUCGUUAUACUUCGGCCUCAGACUGCUUCCAUGAUUAUACAAGAUACAUUGUACGGCAGGAGACACAUUUUUGAGGAAACUGUCAAUCGUAUCACUGAUACUGAUGCCACACAGACUGUUUCUGUUCUUCCUAUAGUUGGUCCAGGGGGUAUUGGAAAGACAACUUUCGCCCAACAUCUGUAUAAUGAUGACAGGACUAAAAAGCGCUUUGAUGUCUCGGUCUGGGUAUGUGUAUCGACUGAUUUUGAUGUGCUUAAGCUCACCAGGGAGAUCCUUGCCUGCAUAGUUGCAACUGAAGGAGAAAGCAGCGGGGUUGCAAAUGAAACAACCAAUUUAAACCAGCUUCAGAAAUCCAUAGUGCAUCGUCUCAAGUCCAAGAGGUUUCUAAUUGUCUUGGAUGAUAUAUGGAAAUGUGACAGCCAGGACAUGUGGAAAACCCUAUUAGCUCCAUUCGCAAAGGGGGAAACUAAAGGAAGCAUGCUACUUGUCACAACUCGAUUCCCAAAGCUAGCACAAAUGAUGGAAACGGUUGGUUUUGGUUCACUAAAACUGUCAGCUUUGAAGCCUAAUGAAUUCAUCAAAUUAUUUGAAGCAUGUAUAUUUGGUGAAGAGAACAAGCCAGAGAAUUACGAAGCUGAGCUAGCUGUUAUUGCACGAAAAAUUGCAAACAAGCUAAAGGGUUCCCCGUUGGCAGCCAAAACAGUUGGUAGACUAUUGAACAAGGACCUUUCUCAGAAACAUUGGAAUGGAGUUCUUGAAAAGCAUCAGUGGCUAAAGCAGCAAAAUAAUGAUGAUAUCAUGCCGUCUUUAAAAAUUAGUUACGAUUGCCUCCCUUUUGAUCUAAAGAAAUGCUUUUCCUAUUGUGGCCUUUUCCCUGAAGAUCAUUGGUUUACUUCUUCAGAAAUCAGUCAUUUCUGGGUUGCAAUAGGCAUCAUAGAUUCUAAUCACCAAGCCGAUAGGAAUCACUUGCAAGAACUAGUGGACAAUGGUUUUCUCAUGAAGGAACUCGAUAAUCGGCGUGGUCAAUACUACUAUGUUAUGCAUGAUUUAAUGCAUGAGCUAUCUAAGAGUGUUUCUGUACAAGAAUGCCUCAAUAUAAGUGGCUUAGAUUUUAGAGCUCAUGCCAUCCCACAAUCUGUUCGGCACUUAUCUAUAAACAUAGAAGACAGAUAUGAUGCAAAUUUUGAGGAAGAAAUGUGUAAACUAAGGGAGAGGAUAGACAUUGCUAAUCUGCGGAGUUUGAUGAUUUUUAGAGACUAUGUAGAAGAAAGAAUCGCCAAGAUUUUGAAAGAUAGCUUCAAGGAAAUAAAUAGUCUGCGUGUCCUAUUUAUAGUGGUGAAGUCUGCCCAAUCUUUUCCAUGUAGGUUUUCAAAACUUAUCCACCUCCAGUACCUCAAAAUUACUUCAUCUUACUACAGUGACAGGGAAAUGAGUUUACCUAGUCCACUAUCAAGAUUUUAUCACUUGAAAUUCUUGGACCUAGGUCGUUGGUGUGGUCGUUCUGAUUUGCCUGAAGACUUUAGCCACCUUGAGAAUUUACAUGAUUUCCGUGCUGAAAGUGAACUCCACUCCAAUAUUCGCAAUGUCGGAAAGAUGAAGCGUCUGCAGGAGCUAAAAGAAUUCCAUGUUAAAAAGGAGAGCAUGGGAUUUGAACUGACAGAACUUGGGGCAUUGCCAGAGCUUGAAGGAGGAUUGACUGUACGUGGUCUUGAACAUGUGGCAACCAAGGAGGAAGCUACUACAGCCAAACUGGCGCUGAAAAGGAAUCUGAAGGAGUUGGAAUUACUCUGGGGCAGGGAUGGACCAACUACAGAUGCUGAAAUUCUUGCAAGCUACUUCAACCAAACAGAGCUGGAAUUACUGUGGGGUAGAGAUGUUCCAACUGCAGAUGUCGAUAUUCUUGAUGCUGAUAUCCUUGAUGCUCUUCAACCACAUUCUAAUCUUAGAGUACUUACAAUUGCAAAUCAUGGUGGUACCAUUGGUCCUAGUUGGUUGUGUCUUGACAUCUGGUUAACUAGUUUAGAGAGACUCGCUAUAGAAGGCGUAUCUUGGAGCACCCUCCCACCUUUUGGGAAGCUACCAAAUCUCAAGGACCUCAAUUUGAGGAGAAUUUCUGGAAUGCAUCAGUUUGGGCUUCGAUGUGGUGGCGCUCCAGGGGAAUGUUCUAUGCGCUUGAAGGAAGUUGGGUUUUAUGAGAUGCCAGAACUUGCUGAAUGGGCUGUGGAACCUAAUUGCCAUUCCUUAACAAGUAUUGAAGAAAUCAUAUGCAUCGAUUGUCCCAAUCUCCGUGUGAUGCCCUUGUCGGAGGUAUCGUGCACCAAUUUGUGCACACUUCAAGUUUCUUGGUGCCCCAAGAUGUCUCUGCCCUCCAUGCCUCACACCUCUACACUGACAAAUUUGGAUGUCAAAAGAGAUGAUUUAGAAACAUUGUUGUCUUAUCAUGGAAAGGAGUUGGUUGUUGGAGGGUAUGGUGGUGCUUUGGCCUACCACAAUCUGGAUAAAGUAGAAGUUAUGACUGUCGGAAGAUGUGACAGUUUGUUCUCUGAAGAGCUGGAUGGUAGUAUCGUCUUCCGUUCAGUUAAGAGUCUCAAAUUAGACGCGUCUCAUCUUACCAGCAGCAAAUCAUCAUCGUCAAAAGUGUUAAACUGUUUCCCAUCUCUUUCUGUGUUGGAGAUAGUUGGCAAUGAGCAAUGUGUAAUGCAGUUCCCAUCAUCCAGCUCACUGCAGAAACUUACCUUCUCAGGCUGUCGGGGCUUGGUUCUUGUGCCUGUGGAGAAUGGAGGAGGAAUUCAGGAGGACAACUCAUUGCUCCAAUCAUUAACAAUAUUAAGAUGUGACAAAUUGUUCUGUCGGUGGCCCAUGGGAGAAUCAGAGACCAUUUUCCCUUUCCCUGCUUCCCUGAGGGAACUUCAUGUUGAGGAAGAGCUAAGCAUGAAGUCAAUGGCUCUGCUCUCAAACCUCAUGUCUCUCACCAGUCUAAAGCUAAACUACUGCAGUAAUUUAACAGUGGACGGAUUCAAUUCUCUCAUCGCAGUCAAUCUCAUAGUGCUGGUGGUGUAUAAUUGCAGCACCUUAGCAGCAGAUAUGCUCUCAGAGGUGGUCUCUCAGAGGGCCAAAUUAUUGCCUGCAGGUUACAUCUCUAGAUUAGAGGUACUCAGGGUGGAUGACAUUUGUGGAUUGCUUGUUGCUCCUAUUUGCAACCUCCUCGCCCCGGCCCUCCACACACUUGAAUUCUGCUCUCUUGGGAGGAUGGAAAGCUUCAUGGAAGAGCAAGAAAAAGCGCUGCAGCUCCUUUCCUCCCUCCAGAAACUAUGUUUUCUCUGGUGCGAGGGUCUGCAGUCCCUUCCUCAAGGGUUACAUCACCUUUCUUCUCUCAAGGAGUUACAAGUCAUUGAGUGUCCAAAAAUCCAAUGGAUGCCCAAGGAGGGCCUCCCGGUUUCGCUGAGAAAACUAGAGAUGAAUUGUCGCAGCGCUGAGAUAGACGAGCAAAUUGAGAAAAUCAAAAGAACCAACCCAGAUUUAUCUGUCUCGGAUGAGUACACCCAAGACUACUAGCAUGUUCCACUCCAUUCCACCUUGUGCACACAAUAAUUUGUGCGAGAUACAACCAACCGACUCUUCAUUCUGCAUGCAACGCUAGCUGUGAACUCUUCAUUCUGCUACAUGAUCGAUAUUUCUCUGCAACUCAAAUCUGCCGGCAUCUGUUCCCUAUGUAUGUGAAAUAAAAAAAGGGCGUGCGAGACAUGGCUCACUCACUUUUGGAUGAAGAAGACUUGAGUCGUAGAUGCAAGAAUUGAGGCUGGAAUAAUCAGGCUUAUGCUCCUUUUUUGCAUGAAGUAGCAGGACUGAACAGGCCAGUUUAACUGUUGGCAAAGAGGAGGACCAAAGCAAUGAGGAUUAUUAUCUCGCAGAAAAAAAAAACUAUUGUACCCAGCUACAAUCUUGCAUACAGGUUUAGGUUUGGCUGACAUUGAUCCUUGACACUAAGGUUCAGUAGCGAAUUUCACAGCUGAUUCAGAACAUAUAUAGCUCUUUUAUCCAAACAGAAGUGAUCCAAUUGUCUGUCUUGAUAUAUAGCUCAUUUUUGGGAUUUCCCUACCAACGCUCAAAACUGAAACAUUGUAAUCUCUGAAUUGCUCGAAUCUGUCGUCCAAAUGUUGUUGCUUUCGAA